AUGGAUAUCUAUACUAUCACUGAAAUAUCAGAUGAUAUGAUGAAUUUAAGUUAUGAUAAAUUCUAUGAUUUUUUGGACAUCGUUUUAAACAAAGAUUUAAGCAAUCUUUUUCGAGUACAAGCUAUUCGAGAGAUGUCUUCUUUAUCUUCACUAACAGUAGAUGAAUUAAUUGAAAUUCUUAAUUAUGACAUUGUUGAAUUACAUUCUAUUAGAGAAAAACUUGGUUUUAUAUCAUCUGACGGAAGAUUUCAUCUUCGGCUUGGAUUUAGAAAUUUACUUGAACGUUUAUUGUCAUUAGUAAAGUUGAAGAAAAACUCAUUGAUUAAGAACCUUGAAUUAACACAGGAAAAUACAAUAAAUGAUAUGUAUAAAAAAUUAAUGCAUAUAUGGAAGCAGGCACCUAGUUCAUCAAAUGAAAAUGAUACUCCUAUUCUUAUUUUGUGGAUUAACAAUAUUUUCGAAAAUUUAAAAAAACCGAAAAAUAGAUUUAGUUAUGAUGAAUAUAUUCAACAAUUUUCUUUGUUAUUGUUCAUUCUUGGUGGUAGAAAUUGCUAUGAGUUUUUAAGAUUAAACUUACCAGGAGCAUUACCACAUGUUUCAAAUGUUGAAUUAUUAAUGAAAAAGCAAGAUGUAAGAAUGGUUGAAUGUAAUUUUCGAUUUGAUCUAUUAAGAGAUUAUACACAAUCAAAUAAUUGUAAUCAUGUAUUUUCUGCUGAAGAUUCAACCGGUUCCAUUUGUCGAGUGGAAUAUGAUGCACAUUCAAAUAAUUUCAUUGGCUUUUCAGCACCUUUAGUUCAUGGUGUUCCAAAGCCAAACUUUUUCCAGACGGAAAGUUUUGAUGAAUUAAAAGGUUGGUUUGAUAAUUUCGAUAAAUCAAAAUUCAUUAAUCUUCAUAUGAUUCAAUCUAUAAAACCAUUUGUUCCUCCAUUGAUUUUGUCUACUUACGGUUCAAAUAAUAAAGCAACUUCAACAGAGGUGUUGAAGAGAUGGUUAUAUAUUUAUAAUAAAAGUUUAGCGCAAGGUGUGCGUGUUAUAGGAUUUAGUACUGAUGGUGAUUCUCGUUAUUUACGAGCAAUGAGAUUAUGUAGUCGAUUUUUUGCUGAAUUACCAAAUCUAAAUUUAUUUAAAAAUCAUGAUGAAUUUUCUAUUAACAUACCAAGACAAUGGAGUUGGUUUUUCAUGAAAGAACAACAAAUUCUACUUUUCAUGCAAGACCCAAUUCACGUUGCAACUAAGUUUAGAAAUAGACUUCUUUCUCAGGUAGCAUCAAUGAAAAUGGGCAAAUAUUUAAUUGAUAAAGAACAUAUAAUCUAUUUAAUUGAAUCGUAUAGUAAAAUUGAACAUAAUUUAAUUAAAUGUGACAUUAAUAUAAAAGAUCGACAAAAUUUUCCAUCUUGUAGAAGAAUAUCUUCAGUAAAUGUUCUAAACUUAUUAAAUAAUGAAAAUUUUAAAGGAACUUACGUUUAUUUAUCAUUAUUACGUUCGAUUAUAAUAGGAUUUAUCGAAAAGUCUAGUACAAUUGAAGAACGAUUAUAUCACAUAUGGACAGUUGUCUUCACAUGUAGAUUAUGGUGGAGUUGGAUUCAUCAUUGGGCAAUAAAAAAUAGUAGAAAUGAUGAUAAUUCAGGAUUAGUAAAACAAUUUAAAGCUAACAGCUUUAUUACUAAACCAACAUUUUGGUGUAUUGAGAUCAAUGCUCAUACAUUACUUUAUAUUAUUUUAUUAGUAAUUAAAAAUAAAUUACCUGCCGAUGCGCUCAAUACAUAUCUUUUCAAUUCCCAAACUUGCGAAAACACGUUCAGAAUAGCUCGUGCUUUAUCAGGUCCAUAUUCAUCGAUUACAAACUUUACUGUAAAAUCAUUCAUAAACAGAUGCGAGAAAAUAUCUAUUAUUAAUUCUAUUAAAACUCAUAGUGGACAAAUAGGUGACUAUCAGUUCAAAUUUCCACAACAUCAUAAACAUGAUAAAGAAGUACAUGUUUAUUCAGUAAAUCCUCUUAAACAAAUUAAUUUAACAGAAUUUGAUAUUGAAAAAAUCAUACAAAAAGCAUUUGAAUCAUCUAAAAACUAUGUUACAAUGGUGAACAUGAAUGAGCUAUUAAAAAAUAAAAAUUUAUUUUCUUUACCUGAAUUAAGUCAAUUUAUAAAAACGAAUAUUAGUGAAUCAUCAUCGAAAGUGGUAGAUUAUACGGAGGAUAUUGAUUUUGAUGAAGAUAGUGAUAAAGAUGAGUUCGAUGACGAAGAUAAUCCAGAAACAUUUGAUGAUCAAGACGAAAUAUUAUCGAACAGUGAUGAUGAAGUGGAAGACGAAGGAAAUGUUUUAACAAGUGAUCUUUCUGAUACAGAAAAAAAAAAAUUCCAAGGUUGUCGUAUAUACGAUAAAGUUAGUCCACAACAAAUCAACAAAUAUUUUCGUAUUCGUCUCGGAUCAUCACUGAAAUAUUUGCACAAGCAAACAGCAUGCUGGCUACUAACAGAUAGCAAACAGCGGUUAUCGAGUGAUCGAUUAGUACGUGUAACGUCUGGAAAGUAA